CAGCGCUGGCAGCCACUAGCCGUACUGACGAGGCUGGCAGCCCAAAGACUGGUAGUUACUUGUGAUGGUCGAGGACAGAUUGUUGUCUUUUGAACUUGAAAAACACAGCUGAGACGGCUGUUGAAUGCUUAUGACCCAAUGAUUGAAUCUUUCAGUUGCGUUUCAAACCUUUACUUCUGAAAGACAACAUCUUCAACAUGCCGCUCUUUGGAAAAUCUCAAAAAAGCCCUGCGGAAGUGGUGAAGGCACUCAAGGAGGCUGUUAGUGCUCUUGAACGAGGUGACAAAAAAGCAGAAAAGGCACAAGAGGAUGUCAGCAAAAACUUAGUCCUCAUGAAGAAUAUGCUGUAUGGUACGUCAGAUGCAGAACCCCAGACAGACAUCAUGGUAGCGCAGCUUGCUCAGGAGCUUUACAACUCAAAUCUUCUACUACUUCUCAUUCAAAAUUUGAACCGCAUCGACUUUGAAGGUAAAAAGGAUGUUGCACAAGUAUUCAACAACAUUCUUCGCCGCCAAAUUGGCACCCGAUCCCCCACUGUGGAGUAUAUUUGCACCAAACCAGAUAUACUCUUCACCUUAAUGAGAGGCUACGAGCAACAAGAAAUAGCUCUGAACUGUGGAACAAUGUUGCGUGAAUGUGCACGUUAUGAAGCCUUGGCCAAAAUUAUGCUGUAUUCGGAUGACUUCUUCAACUUUUUUAGAUAUGUUGAAGUUUCUACUUUUGAUAUUGCGUCAGAUGCAUUUUCCACAUUUAAGGAGCUUCUUACACGCCACAAGAUGCUUUGUGCCGAGUUCCUGGAAUUAAAUUAUGACAAAGUGUUCUCACACUACCAACGUCUCCUGAAUUCUGAAAAUUAUGUGACUCGGCGUCAGUCCCUUAAGCUGCUUGGAGAGUUACUUCUUGACAGGCACAAUUUCACUGUGAUGACUAGGUAUAUUUCAAAUCCUGAUAAUUUGAAACUCAUGAUGAACAUGUUAAAAGAAAAGUCUCGAAACAUUCAGUUUGAAGCCUUCCAUGUUUUUAAGGUAUUUGUAGCAAAUCCCAACAAACCAAAACCUAUUUUGGAAAUUCUUCUCCGCAAUCAAGAUAAACUUGUGGAAUUCCUCACACGCUUCCAUACUGAUCGCUCUGAGGAUGAGCAAUUUAAUGAUGAGAAGGCAUACCUCAUCAAGCAAAUUAAAGAACUGAAACCUCUGCCAGAUCAUUAGUUGCAGGAGCACUGCCUGUAUAGAUCCCAUUACUACUGCAGCACAUUCUUAUGGAAAAUUUCAUCACCAGCAUUUUGCACACUGAGUGAAGAGAGACUCUUACAACAGGUAUAAAUAUGAAUGUAUAUCGGUUUUAAUGAUUUAAUCUAUGGCAGCUAACUGAUUUGAACGGAGCUUACUUUUACUAUCUAGAAAUUAAUUAUGAAAAUUUUAAGGCGAAUUUCAGGGUGUCUUUUCAAAUGUAAGGGUAUAUAACUAGGAGUAACUGAAAGUGUGUGUAUUUAAGAUUCACCACCUUUGUAGAGGUGCUUUUGUCUUUGGUAUCUCUGGUUAUCCCGUUGUUCAACAGGGUUACAAAAAAAAUUGGCAUCCAUUCCUGGCGGGCUAUAAUACUUUCAAGCUAAUAAAUUUUUUAAUCUAAAUGAUUCAGGUUUUCUAAUCUUACUCGGCACACAUGUGUCUUGUAGGCAAUUUUAAUUCUGCCUCGUAAUUUGUCUAUUUUCUUGCUCCCACAACUUUCUUAGUUAAUCUGACAAUAAUCUAAUGAAGUUAUCUUGUAAAUUUGAUGUUUUAAUUUUACCCUGUAAUGCAAAUCAACUGAUGUUGUUACAUCUAGAACACUUUCUCUCUCUUUCUCUCUGUGCAUUUUGUUCUAUUUUAUUGUUUGCAUCCUAGUUAGGUUUACGUAGAUCAGAAGAGUAACAGAAUUAUUGUUGGUAAUCAAUGCCUGGCGCUGGCGCUAUUAUUCUAUCGAUUUUUCUGUAUUUCGACAUGCAUCAAAGGGUUUGGGCAGAUUACUGACUUUUCAAUAGUUUGUAAUUUAAGUAUUUGGAAAGUGAGAGGGAUAAAAAUUCAAUAGAACAUGUGUAUCUAAUUACAAUGAAUGAUUGGCUGCUAGACCCUAUCUAGGCCUGCUAUCUAUCUUAAAAGAAGCAAAUAAAUCAACGUGUUAAUAGCAAUAGGUACCAAAACAUUUUCUCUCAUAUAAGGUUGAUUUACCCAAUAUUAGAAUUAUUCUAUGCUAUCUUGUUAAGUUGCACUGUGGUCGAAUGUGUUCCUAAUCAGGCAUAUUUUGUCUAUCAGCAAGAGAAGUUGUGUAGCUUAUUUCUUGGCUAAAAUUGAAGAUGAGACAAUUUCAUUUGUAUGAUGGAAUUACUGGACAUGAUACCAUGGGAUUUUAUUUUUGAGGGCUUAGAUCAAACCAAUGACUAAAUCUUAUAUAUUCUGAUAGAUAAUGUUCUUUGGAUAAAACUAGUGAAAAGAAAGCUAUUUUCCUAGAUGUUACUGUUUUAGAAUAAGAGAGCUGCAGACUACACGCUCUUGGUGCCUGCCAGUGGUGGUUUGUGGCCCAGACUUUGCUUUCAAAUUUAUUAUUCCCUUGUCCAAAUUCCUCUAAAUCAGAAUUUUUCCAAUCUAUGGUUUUUGAGUGUGCAAGGAAAGUAUUAUCAUAAUUUCAUGAAAGUAUAGUCAAAUAAUGUAAUUCUCUUCUAGUUUUCAUGUGUGUGUAACUUAUGUCCUUCUGAGGCUAGAAUGGCAUAUGAAACAUGUGUAUCUUCUGUUAUGUGGGAAGUAUAUCAGGGUUGCUACAAGUAUAGAUGCUGUAGUUGUAGCAACUCUGUAUAUUUGAUCUAGUGGACAAUUUAGAGAAGCCUUAAGACAAUUCAGUAAUCACAAAGUAACAUCUGGCUCCUUUGUAUUAUUUUUGGCCUCUGAAAAUUUCUGAUUGUGGGCACAGAAAAGACCAUGUUACAAAGUAAUCUUGAUGCAGCAUCAACAAUUAGACUGGAAUGAAUGUUUUGUGAUAACCUACCUUGAAUGCAUUCAUUGUUACAGCAGUUUACAAUCAAGUUCUCUUGAAUUCAAGCUUAGCUUUCUAGUUGAAAUGGCUGUUUUGAAUCUGUAUUGUGUACUGCAUACAGGACCAUCCUUCCUGAAGAUCUAACAGCCUCAGUUGUUCAGUAUUGAAACCUCAAUUUUCAAUUUCAAUUUAUUACCUUACAUACUCCAGUUAAUUUAAAUUCUGCAGUCUAGAGUGUGGGGUAAAAUAUUUCUGCUUGUGAGUUGUCAACCUUCAUGUUUGACUGUUCUAUAUUUCAUUCUUGGGUGGAAACAUUUAUCAACUUCAGUGUUUGAGUUCAAGUGAUUGAUUGAAACCAGGAAUAAGUCUUUGUCAAAUAGGCUCAAGUGUGAGAUUUAGCACUGUAUGUGGAGCUAGACUGCAUUGCUUGUUUUAAAAUGUAAAUACUGUUAUCAUUUUUUUUAUUUUAACUGUAAUGUAUUGUAUAAAUGAAUUAAUUUUGAAAA